GCUCCCCAGCUAUCUAUGGAUUUCCAUGAGGCUUUCGAUGACAUAGGUAUGUACAGUACGUGGGAUUUUAUCUCCGCCUAACCCCGCGACAAGCUUGCGAUCGUUCGACGUGAGCUCGGAACAUCCACGCCACGCUCUGACAUCAGCCAUAGUUUCCCAUUAUCGCGCACUGCUUUGUGAUAUAAUUGCAAUAUUCGCUUAUAUACCUGAAAUCGCAGUACUAAGCAACUCAUAUCCAGAAUCCAGACGCUUCGUUCAAUGUGGAGCAGGAGCUUCCGCGCGCCCGCCUUGCGAUGGGUGACGGCGAGAACAAUAAGAACCAGACCAGCUCCUCGUGGGCCUCGAAAUACAUUACGACGAAAUGAGUUUCCGCCGCCGAUUUCAGAAAGCAAGAAAAGACCUUCGAAUGAAGGGGAGAAACCAGGUUCCCAGUCAAAUGCAGAGGCCUUGUCUUCCGCACUGCGCGACACGAAUCCGAGCGACAACAACCUCCUCUCUCCAGUUUAUGUGCCGGAAGAUCCAAAUGGAGUCCUCAAAGAAAAGCAUCCGGCCGCGGGAUUACUGGCAAACUCAGCAUUGGUCGUGCAGCGGCAGCUGGAGGUAAUGAACGUGAUGCUGGGCUUCGAACAGGCGAAUCGAUAUGUGAUAAUGGAUGCAAGUGGGAAUCAUGUCGGAUACAUGGCUGAACAAGAGAGAGGAAUGGGCAAUAUGAUGGCUCGACAGUGGUUUCGCACGCAUCGAAGUUUCGUUACACAUGUAUUCGACAAGUAUGAGAAUGAGGUUCUACGGUUCCAUCGGCCGUUUUCAUGGAUCAACUCGCAUAUUCGAGUCUACGACCCGCUCGAACUUGCAGAUGCGGCAUAUUCAUCUUCCACUGCCCUCCAGAAUAAUCAGCCAGGUUCUCUAGCACCAGUGACCGGGGGUUCAAAUGCGAGGGUGUCGCCGCUAGGAGUAGAUGAGAUGCGCAUCAUCGGAGAGGCCCAGCAGCAGUGGGCACCUCUAAGGCGGAAAUACAACCUUUUCCUCUACCAUCAGACGCCAAACAGGGAACUGGAUCUAGGAUUGCGAAAGUUUAAUAUACCAGACGCGAAUAUCUCGAAGGCGCAGCAGAUGCAGCUGACCCAGGCUGCGGGUCAGCAACCCGAGGGCGAAUUCGUACAAUUUGCCUAUGUUGACGAGCCCUUCCUUUCAUGGGAUUUUUCACUUCGAGCGGCGGAUUCUCAACUUAUUGGCUCAGUCAACCGUAACUUUGCUGGUUUCGCUCGAGAGCUGUUCACGGAUACCGGUGUAUAUGCUCUACGCAUGGAUGCUGCAGCCUUGGCGGAGCAGACAAACGAGCAACAGCUUGCCGCUGACAAGCCGACUGGCAUGACACUUGAUCAGCGUGCAGUUAUGCUGGCUACUGCGGUAAGCAUUGAUUUUGACUACUUCAGUCGCCAUAGUGGCACGGGAGUCGGUUUCAUGCCGUUUUGGUUCCCCAUAGGCGGAGCCGGAGAGGCUGCUGCAGGCGGUGCUGCUGCUGGAGAAGCGGGAGCGGCGGGAACGGCAGUUGGUGAAGCUGCUACUGGUGCUGUUGGUAGAGCAGGGGCAGCUGGAACUAUGGCGGAGGGUGCAGCUGCUGGUGCUGCUGGCGCUGGAACUAUUGCGGGAUAUGAGGCGAUGCAAAGAGGAAUGGGUGAGCGCGGAACUGCUCCAGCGGAACAACAACCAUAUGAGCAGUCGCAGGUACCACCAGGUGAGCAGCCAGGCGCAGGCCAAGAACUGUGGGACGAGGAUGAGGAUCCCUGGGGCCAUGGGAAUGACCCGUGGGGAGGGGGUUCGGGAGAUGAAGGUGGUGAUGGAGGUGAUGGAGACUGGUUUUGAUGAACCAUUGUAUUGUUGGCAUUUUGUAUAAAAUCUUACGUGUCCAGGGGACAUAACUACGUGGAUGGUGUCCUGAGAUCUAGCGUCAUGUUGGCGAUCUUAUUUACGCGCCUUUGGGUGGUACACUCUCUUAUCUGCACAAAUACGACCGUUUAAUAUCAACUAGUUAUGUAGACUUACGCGGGUAAGAAGUUACAUCUUUCCCGCUCUUUCUAUGUUGCAAUGAGUCGGAUGUCAUGCCUCUUGCAACACUUCCCAUGUCUAUAUCCCUGC